AUGGCGAGAUUCGGCUUCCUUUCGGCGUUGGCCGCCACGCUGCUUGCAGUGUCCUCCAAUGCCAUGGCGCUGGAGAAGCGUGCUUCGCUGCAGCAAGUUUCGGACUACGGUGACAACCCAGCUGGCGUGCCCAUGUACAUCUACGUCCCCGACAACCUUGCCACCAACCCCGGUAUCGUCGUCGCCGUUCACUACUGCACCGGCACCGCCCAGGCCUACUACUCGGGCUCGCCUUACGCCACGCUCGCCGAGCAGUACGGCUUCAUCGUCAUCUACCCGGAGAGCCCUCACUCCGGCACGUGCUGGGACGUCAGCUCGCAGGCGACCCUGACGCACAAUGGCGGCGGCGACAGCAACUCGAUCGCCAACAUGGUCAACUACGCCAUCGACAAGUACGGCGCCGACACCAGCAAGGUCUUCGUCACCGGCUCCAGCUCCGGCGCCAUGAUGACCAACGUCCUCGCCGCCACCUACCCCGGCCUCUUCCAAGCCGCCAUCGUCUACUCGGGCGUGCCGGCGGGCUGCUUCGUGUCGGCCGCCGGCGCCGUCGACGCAUGGAACAGCACCUGCUCUCAGGGCCAAUCCAUCACGACCCCCGAGCACUGGGCCUCCGUCGUCGAGGCCAUGUACCCCGGUUACACGGGCUCCCGCCCGCGCAUGCAGGUCUACCACGGCAGCACCGACUCCACCCUGCUGCCCCAGAACUACGACGAGACCAUGAAGCAGUGGGCCGGCGUUUUUGGUUAUGAUUACGAGAAUCCGCAGUCGACCCAGGCGAACACGCCGCUGGCGGGAUACACGAAGACGGUUUGGGGCGAGAGCGUGCAGGGGAUUUAUGCGGAGGGCGUCGGGCAUACGGUGCCGAUUAGGGGCGCUGACGAUAUGGCGUUCUUUGGGUUUGCGGCUUGA